AUGCGCCGCGCCGUGAUCAAAAAUCUGCGCACUUUCCGCCGCCCAUCACCUCGAAACGCGCUCAAAACACUCGUACACAAUGUGGUCACGACGCGCACGUUAGCCACACGAACGCUGCAACCGAUUCACGCUUCGAUGCGUUUCUCUCGAAGGAUCUCUGUCCCAAUAGGUCUCGGUGUUGGUGCUGCAGCUAUAUACUACGGCUACGAGCAACGAAGCGGGGCCGUCUCCUCCCAAAUUCCACUUUCAACUCCGCAAGCGGCGUAUACCACGGCAACCUCCCCAUCGCUCUCCGCGGAAGCACCCGAAGCAGUGCGGCGGGCCCUCAUCGUCGAACAAGGUCAGCUCUUCACAGCGCAGAUCCCCGCCGAUCAGCCCAUUAGCAAGGAGACCGAUCAUUCAGGCCGAAAGGUAUUGGAGAUGUUGACACCCGAGCAAGCAACGGCGAAGCUUCGCACGAAUGAAGAGAGUUAUCUUGUUGGAAGAGGCGAGGGUGUUGUUCGAUAUGAUGUAGUUCAAAUACCCAGCAACGACCCUAUCGAAGACGACCACGUCGAAAAGAUUGUCGAAGUCCCGGGCUCCACCGCAACAGCAGCAGACGGCAAAGCCUCAUCCGAUUGGAUGUUUUGGGGUGUAUUUGAUGGUCAUUCUGGCUGGACAACUUCAGCCAAGCUACGACAAACGCUGGUCUCCUAUGUUGCGAGGGAGUUGAACGCUACCUACAAAUCCGCCCUCGCUGAUCCGAAAUCCACCGUUCCUUCCGCAGACGCCGUCGACAAUGCAAUCAAGCAAGGUUUCCUCAAGCUCGACAAUGAAAUUACGCAUGAAUCUGUGACUAAAGUGCUCAAAGCACAAUCUCGCACGCUUGCUGCCGAAAUUCUUGCACCCGCUCUGUCAGGCUCCUGCGCCUUGUUGGCAUUUUACGAUAGCAAUUCCAAGGAUCUUCGCGUGGCCUGUACAGGCGACUCCCGCGCUGUCCUUGGUCGUCGCGCCGCGAGCGGCAAGUGGACUGCAACCGCACUCUCCGUCGACCAGACCGGUGGUACACCUUCGGAAGAUGCUCGUCUGCGUGCUGAGCACCCUAAUGAGCCGUACGUGACGAUGAAUGGGCGAAUUUUAGGUGGAUUGGAGCCCAGUAGAGCCUUUGGUGAUGCGAUCUACAAGUGGAGUGUAGAGACGCAGCAGAAGAUGAAGAAGAGCUUCUUUGGUAGGAGCCCGAGCAAACACCUCAAGACUCCACCAUACGUGACUGCCGAGCCUGUCGUAACACGGAUGAAGAUUGAGCCUGGAAAGGGGGAUUUCGUAGUCAUGGCCACGGACGGCCUGUGGGAAAUGCUCACAAAUGAGGAGGUCGUGGGAUUAGUCGGGCAGUGGCUGGAGACUCAGGCUAAUGCCGGCAAGACAGGCAGCAAAAGUUCACCAGUACCUGCCGGGUGGUUGCAAUCUUGGUUCUCAAGUCAGAAAGGAGGAAACCUUCCGAUUGAGCACCACGAUCAAGGUGAUGCCUCUGGACAACGCGCGCCGGUCAGACAGCAGCAGUGGGGUGUAGAAAGCGGAGAUGAUGGCAGAUUCGUGGUCGAGGACAAGAAUGCCRCAACGCAUCUCGUCAGGAACGCCUUGGGUGGGAAAGACAGAGACACGCUGAGUGCGUUGUUGACAUUACCCAGUCCCUUCUCUCGAAGGUACAGGGAUGAUCUGACAGUGCAAGUCAUCUUCUUUGGAGAGGGCGGAGAGAAGAAUGGGAAGGUGCAACUCAACGGCGAAGCCAGCGCAACGAGUGUCAAGGCGGAGGGCGAGGUCAAGGCGAAGCUCUGA